CGUCAGCACAAUGUUCCACACGUAUUUGAAGAGAUGGCUCUCCGUGGCCCUCCGUCGACUGUUGUGAGCAUUGUGUUCCGCCUUGCUCGUUCGUCCUCACGCACCGCGGCACGAUCGCCAUCUCCGCCAACUUGCUCGUGAGCAGUGUCCAUUGCUGGCGGCAUCCAGUCGAGUGUUAGGCGAGUUCACUCCGCGAGGAUGACUGCGAUGUCUGAGGUAGUCCAUAUGCGUGGAGUGGGUGAUGGGGAUGACGUCGGGGCCCGGUUGUCYGCUCUGGAGAGGGUUGUCGUGACGUCUGCCGUAGCCGCCGUCAUCAUGCAUUGCRACAUGGAGSUYGAAUGUCAACGGCRGUGGGCACGACUACGUGCUCGGAGAAGGAAGUUGAUGCCGRCGGCGAYGACUGAAGCGUUGGAUAGCGCUGUCAUCUGUGAUGCCGUGUUGGAGGUGUGCUGUGCACUGGGGUGUGGGGGACUACCGAGGGCGAGGCCGAAGUGGUGGGUMAAAAGGAGGACGGGGGGGACUUGGGAGGAUCUUCGGCCUGCGGACGACGCCACUGACGAUUACUUCCGCGACAAGUUACRGAUGUCUCCACGUGUCUUCCGCGAGAUCGUUGAGAACUUGUCGCCGAUUCUSCAGYGACGUGUGACGUUCUAUAGGGAGUCGUUGCAACCAGACYAGAUCGUCGCCUACGCGCUGUACAGGUGGGCGUCGGGCGAGCCAUACGAGAGCAGCAGCUGCAGCUUUGGGAUUGGCAGGGCUUCAGGUUUGGUGGUCGUCYGGGACGUUACUUCUGCGCUGCUUUCGGUGUACAKGGAGAAGGUGGCGUGGCCGACUGGGGUGCGGAAGGCGAUCGUUCUGCGUGCUUUUGCAGACAAGGGUUUCCCGAACUGCCAUGGGUGCAUCGACUGCACCCAUAUCUAYGUCGAUAAGCCCGCGAAUGCACCUGCAGAAGACUACUACGACCGCAAGAGACGAUUCUUUGUCGUUGCUCAAGUGGUGGUCGACUUGGACUUGCGCAUCCUGGACGUGUUYGUGGGAUAUCCGGGGAGCUGCCACGACGUCCGGAUCAUCCAUCUCUCCAGUCUAUGGUCGCGGGUGGCGGCGGGAGAGUUGUUUACAGGGCCUCCUGUGCUGCUACCGUUCCAAGUGCAGACGAAUGGUUAUCUGCUGGCCGACAAUGGUUACCCGGCGAUCGAAUGGAUGGUUGUCCCGUUUGGCGGCGUGGCGCAGCAUCCCCUGGAGAGUCGUUUCGACAGCAGGCAGAAGACCGCGAGGG